CCCAAAACAUACCCUUUCUAGUAUUUUAUGAUCAUUACUUUCUUCUUUCUUUAGCCAAUGCUGUUAUUUAUAUAGUUUCUAAUCAUUAGCAUCUCUCUUAUAUAAAUAGUGUUUUCUUUUGUGAGCUAAAAAGGUCAAAUAAUGGCAUUAGAGGCUGUAGUUUUCCCACAAGAUCCAUUUACUUACGGUUGCCUAACAAAAGAUGAAGAAGAUCUUUUUGGAAUCAUCAGCAAUAACUUAGAUCAUAAUAUCCUUUCAAAUUGGGAUUCUUCUUCUCCUUCAAAUAUUAAAGAGCAAUGGAAUUCACACUCUUCCCCAGAAACUUCCACUCUUCCUCCUUCCACUUUUGAAGCCACCACAACAAUCACAGCCCCUCGACGGCGCAAACGACGACACACUGUGAAUGCGAAAAACAAGGAGGAAAUCGAGAGCCAGAGGAUGACUCACAUUGCAGUUGAGCGCAAUCGAAGAAAACAGAUGAAUGAGUACCUUGAUAUCCUCAAAUCCUUGAUGCCUCCUUCUUAUGUACAAAGGGGUGAUCAAGCGUCAAUAGUUGGCGGUGCAAUUAACUUCUUGAAGGAGCUACAACAGCAUCUACAAUUCAUGAAGGGACAAAAGAAAAUAAACAAAGAAGCUCAUGAAAAUAGCUUCAUUUCUUGUUCUUGUUCAUCACAACCUUUGACUGAGUUUUUCAUGUUUCCUCAAUACUCUAUGGAUGCACGUCAGAACAUCACGUGCUACCCUACCAAACAUAAUCAGUCACGUGCCAUGGGAGAUAUAGAAGUGACUUUGGUUGAUAGUCAUGCGAAUAUAAAGAUAAUGUUGAAAAAACGACAAGGACAGGUUAUGAAGAUGGUUGCUGGGAUUCAAAAUCUUGGCUUCAACAUUCUACACCUUAAUGUUUCCAGUAUGGAUGAUAAUGUUCUUGUCUCGGUUAGUGCCAAGGUAGAAGAAGGGAGUCGACUAAACACAGUGGAUGAAAUUGCAGCUGCAGUCAAUGAGCUAUCACAUAGAAUUCAGGUGGAAGCUGCUGCUUGGACCUGAAUUAAACAUGGAAAUGUUAUUAUAUUACAAGGCUUUGCACACCAAAAAAUAGGAUCAACAAUUGUGUGAAGUGAAAACCUACUAUAAUAUAUCAUAAUUGAAAUUCAUUGAAGCCUGCAGUACCAAGAAAGAGGCAAAGUACGAGAAUGUAAAUCAUAGAUUUGCUUUUAUUUCUUUUUUUGCUUUUUUCGUGGCAGCUAGAAACAACUGGGAGGGAAAAAAAUUGGAAGGGACAACCACUUUAUGUCGUGGAGGCCCCCAACUCAAAAUAUGUAUAUUUUUUAAACAAUAAAUGUUAAUAUUGUUUUUUUCCUUUUAAACUUAA